AUGACAUUGUUUGGAAAAUUCUGUAAUCAAGUUAGACCAUUUUUAUUUGUACGUGAAGUUUGCUAUAACGAUGGGUUACGUAAACAUAUUCUUUAUUCAAUAAAUACAAAGGUUCAAAUGUCAUUUCUAAAGAGAACUAUGUAUACAAGAAACGAAAUUGAUGAUUUUACGGAUCAUGAAAGAUUUAUAAAAGAAACAGUAGAUUCAGGGGAAUCGGAAAAGUUUUCAACCAUUAAUGAAGUCAUUGAUGAUACAAUAGAUACAUUCGAUAUAAUACCGGACAAGGAUGAAAUGAUUAAUAAUCCUCCAAUCGUAAGGCGCAACAUACAUUGGUCUAGAUUGGAAGUAAAGGUUUUGGAAAGUCUCAUCGAAAAGUAUGGAAAAGAUUGGGAAACGAUCUCUCAACAUAUGUUCGAGAAAACACCACAAGAGUGUAAAGCUCAAUAUGAGGACAUGAUGAAGGGUCGACCGGACUUUAGACGAACUCUUAAAGGUUUACCUGAUUUCACAGAAAGUGAAAUCGCUCAAAUAAAUAAUUUAAUUGAAGAGAAUGGUCGUAGUUGGCGUAAGAUUGCAAAACAUUUUUAUGGUAAAUCCGCACUCGCUGUUGAAAGUUUUGUAAAGAAUAAUCCGAAUAGAUUUCCAUCCCUUUACAAACGUUCCAUAAUCAUGAAACAAUUUAAGGGAUCAGCUUGGACAGAUGAGGAAUUAAAAUCCCUGAAUGAACUUAUUAUGAAAUAUGGAAGAGAUUUUGAUGCAAUUUCAGAAGAAUUGCCUGGUAGAAGUCCCAAAGCCGUAGAGAGAAGCAUCUCAAAACAUAUGUUGGACCUUCCUGCUCUUCAUUCUGGAAAAGUUGUUGAUUGGUUUAGAUCUUCAACCGUUUGGAGUGAAUCAGAAACGCGUUUAUUAAAUGAAUUGGUUGAAGCUUAUGGUUUCAAUUGGGAAAAGAUUUCAGAAUACCUACCAGGUCGUUCACCCAUUUCUUGCAGCGCUAAAUUUUAUGGCAGCUGGUCAACUUGGAAUACCAAAGUGACAGCCCUGGUGCCUCACAAAUGGCCUAAAGAAGUAUUACAAUUCUUAGACUUGUUGAUAGAAAGAUACGGAAGGUGGCAAAUCAUACCACUUCUUAUACCAGGAAUAACACCCGCAAACUGGUUUUCACCUUUUUACCCUCAAUCUAGAGUUUGGACGACGAGUGAAAAAGUGAUUUUACAAUAUUUGGUAAGAACUCUUGGAUAUAAUUGGGAAAAAAUUUCAGAAUAUUUUCCUCACAGGCAACGUUGGUCAAUUAUUCGUGAAGUACUCGGUAAUAUAGAGUAUUAUGAAUCCGUAAAUGCAAAUGAGAAUGAUUUAAUAUCAAAACUUGCUGUGCCAAAAAAGCAAAGACGUCGUACUUCACUUUGGCCAUAUGAUGAAGUAAAGAAAUUAUAUGAACUCAAGGAAAGAUAUUCUUCUAAUUGGUAUAAAAUAUCGGGAGAACUUCCUGGUAGAACUCCCGCUGCAUGUUAUCUAAAGGAUUUCGUACUUACAAAUGCGUGUAAGGAAUUAGAUGAUAAGUUAAGCGCUCUCGAGAUUUGUCAUUGGACGGAAAAGGAACAGGAAUUAUUUAAAAAUCUCAUCGCAUCACAUGGAAAUAAUUGGAAGUUCAUCAAAAAUUUCUUCCCAAGAAAAUCAUACAAACAACUUUAUGAAUAUUAUCACGCGAAUCGAGAAACUUUUCCCGAUGCGUAUUCUAUGAAUACAAAUUAUUGGGUGUUUAAUCGAUCCUCAUGGAAGAAGGAAGAAAAUGAUUCAUUAAAAGAAUUAAUAGUUAAACAUCAUGAUGAUUUUGAUUUAAUUUCACGCAAUCUUCCUGGUAGGACAAGUGCCGCUAUUAAAGCUCAUAUCCGUAAUCAUCCUGAGCUCUUCUCCUCAAAACAAUCGAAAGAAAUUUAUAAAAAAGGUCAAAAAGAUCAGAAAGGGACAAAUACAUAUUGGACAACAGAUGAUGAAAAUAAAUUACUAGAAUUGGUAAAUUCUCAUCCAGUUGAUUGGAGUAGAGUUGCUGCUGAAUUUCCUUCUAGAACAUUAAGUGCCUGCAAAACCAAAUAUCGUUCUUUAUUAAAACCAGAAAUGACGAUAUCGAGAUUUAUAGAUACUUACAAGGUCUCAUAG